AUGUCAAACCUGGGAUCAAGGCUCGGCACAGGUCUGGGGGUGGGAAGGAACGCUGAGGAGGAUGGGGGAGGGGAGAACAAGGCGAGGGAGUUUCUUGCAGGAAGGCCGCAGGUGGAGGUGGCAACCUGUGGAGGGCGGAUUGAAACGUGGGGCGCUGGGCUGAAACGACUGGAGGAUGCGGACGUCAGUGCGGCAGUGAUGACAAUAGAGCCACAGUCCAUGGCGCUUCCCAUGUACUCUAAUGAUGAAGAGGUGUCCUAUGUGGUGGAGGGCGAAGCUCGGGCAGGGCUUAUCAGCCCGGAGGGUAUUCGCACCAACGUGAGGAGGCUUCGGAAAGGUGACUCGUUUGCUUUCCCACGAGGCUGGGGCAGGUGGAUUUGGAACGAUGGCAAGGAGACUCUACGAAUCAUAUCCAUUGCUGAUACGUCCAAGGAGGCCCACCGGGGGCGGUACACUGCCUUCAGCCUGGUGGGCGCUCAGAAGGGGAAGUUUGGUGGUAUUCUCCAUGGCUUCAGCCACCGAGUGCUUGCGAGAUCAUGGAAUGUGGAGGAAGGGGACGUGACACAGUUGCUGCAGGGGCAGAAGGAUGCAGCCAUUGCCAAGGUCGACCCGGGGAAGGUCGUAUCUGCUGAUCCUGAUGAUGAUGACGACAGCUCAGCUGCUUCUGCUGCUGAUAACUCGGAAGGCACUGUAGCGUUUGGGGAUUUCGUGUACAACCUUAUAGAGGAGCAGGCUAGUAUCGAGACACCAGGGGGAGGCACACUGACUACUGCAGAUGGUUUUAAGCUGCCAGUGUUUCAACACCUGGGCGUUUCUGCUGCUCGCAUCGACCUGCUGCCCAAUUCCAUGGCAGCGCCUCAUUGGCUGUCCAACUCAGCAGCCGUUCACUUUGUGACACGUGGCAGUGGGCGGUUUGAGAUAGCCUAUCCGGACGGCAAGAAGGCGCUGAGGAAGCGUGUGAGCGCGGGAGAUUUGGUGGUUGUACCGGCUGCCUUUGCCCAUGCUGUUGAAGCGUCAGGGGAGGGGUUAGAGUACGUUGCUCUCUCCCCCAAGUCCAAGCCCGACCCUGAUGCCCUCAAUGUCCUCCCUUCCCUCAAUUCGCCCUCCCGCCCUCCGUCCCUCUGUCUCUGCUUUAUUAGGAGGCAUCAGGGGAGGGGUUAA